AUGUAUUCGACAUUUCCUGUCUCCUCUUCGCCAGGCAAAGAUACCCUGCGCAAGGCAGAUCAGCCAAAGCCUAAGCGUCACCAUGUUCCCAUUGCCUGCGAGAGCUGUCGCAAGAACCGUAUCAAGUGUGACAAUUCCCGUCCAUGUCGUAAUUGCAAACAUCGAAAUAUUACCUGCACCAACGUAGACACAACCGAUGUCAGGGCUUUGACCAGACAGGUCCAACACCUAUUGGGACGGGUGCAAACCCUCGAAGCUCGAGUGCAAGACUUCGAUAUACUCUCCCCCAGUCAGCUGAACGAGUUAUCGGCAACAGACCAGACGAGAACAACCCAGCAUCAGUCGCGCUUGAUACAGUCCUCUACAGCGCAGAAUGAGAGAGAUAACCAUCAAAGGCCGAUAGAUAUCUCCAAGGAAAAAGAAUCGUCCGCUGUUCGGGUGAAUCUGUCUACCUCGGCCUUCGCUGCGGAUCUAGGCCACCAGAUACGCAGCCCGCUGCCUCAUCCACUAACGGCAGAGUUGGUGGCGUACCAAUCGCCCGUGUCUACUCCCGGUCCAAGUCGGAUUGUGAGCGAGAAUAUUCCCAGAGCUCUGGCUGAUUACUACAUUCGUCUCUACGGGCGGACCAUUCAGCGAAUUAUGCCUGUACUUGACGAGGAUGAUAUCCAAGCGCAUUGUGCCCCUCUCUGGAAUGAGCCAUACUACAGCCCUGGGAAGUCGGCGCUCGCCGAUAUUAUGCUUGCGCUAUCAUUGCUUAUGGACGCCAAUGCCAGGUCAAGUCAGAAUCGUGGUUUCGUACUGUCGGCCUUCUCGGGUGCCCGCGAUCCCAAACAAGACCAAGUCAGACUCAUGUCUAAUAGACUCUUUCGUCGUUGCGCUGUGAGCCUAUCUGAGGAUAAUCCUGGCCCGUCCCUAAGCAGUCUGCAGUGCUAUAUUCUGAUGACCGUCUAUUGCCGCAACGAUUCAAACCACACAAUGGCGUAUCAACUGCUAGGCCUGGCAAUGAGGAUUGGAUGUCUGCUUGAUAUUUUCCAUACACCAUCGCAGACUCUACCUCAGAAGGAGCGGAGAUUGCGCAGGAGAUUGGGAGAGAUACUUUACUGCUUAGACACUCAGCAGUUCCUUGAAUUCGGACGCCCACCGGCCAUUGUCGACGGCAGUUCGACGACGCUGCAGGCGCAGCCUGAAAGCCUCACACAAGAACAUGAAGAUGCGAAUGACGAGGACGACGUCUUUCUCACAAACUAUGUCCAGUUGGUCCGAAUUGCUAAAGUGGCGCACCAUCUGGUUGACAGCGAAGCUACACCGGUCCGUCAGUCUCGCGUCUGCCAGCAGCAUCAGCAAACAAACUUUUGCAGCAAUGCCACACUUUUGGAACAGCUAGAGAGGAAUGAGCCUCGUUGGAGGGAGCAAUUCCGUUCCUGGACUGCCACAGUCCCUGAUCGCCUUCAGCUACGUCGGAGCCCGCACAGUAGGGGUCAGCCCUUCUCCACCGAGACCGCACUCAUCCUGGACCUGGAUAAGCCGACCUGGCGACUACGUCAGGCGUUGCUACUAGAGCUCUCCUACCACUGGUUCCAGCUUGGGCUUCUGCGUCCGUUCAUGGGACAACAACACAAUCAAAUUUACGCACAGGAAGCGGCGCAACAUGCCUUGGCGCUGACACGGAUCACCAACCAGGCUCUCCUAGAAACGGACACCAUUUACGGGUGGUACGACUCGCACUUUAUGCUGUGGGACGCCGCCUUAUCGUUGAUGGGGUAUACGGUGCUGUGUGCGAACAGUGGGAGUUCUUUGACUGCCGAGGUUAAGGGAGGUUUAUCCAUGUGCGAAACCACCUUCGAAGCAUUGGGCACCCCAUUUACAGAUCGUGCAGCUGAGCUCAUCGGUGCGUUCAUAAAUCAAAGCACUGCUCUCGUCGGGGACGCUCAUUCCAAACUGAGAAACCGUGGCAACACCGCCAAUGACGAGAAUCCCGCCCAGCAGUGUGGAAUAGGCCCAGUAAUGGAAGCGGAUGGAGGGGACAUGGCAGGAGAGGAGAUGGACUUGGAACAAAUGAUGUUUGAGGAGACCUCAAAUAAUCUGCAUCUCGGUUUUCAGCUCGAUACGUUGGCGGAUGCUGCUUCUCUUCUGCCUCUAGGCAAUGAUUUUUCGUUUGUUGAUGCAUAA